UCAAUCAAUCAAUCAAUCAAUCAAAUGAAGUUCUCCUCUAUUCUUGCUCUUGCUCUCUGUGUUGCCCUUGUUUCUGCUGCUCCUCGUCGCGACAACAAUUCCAACAGGGAAAAUAACAGCAAGCAUAUCAACAAGGAAAUCAACCAAAGUAUUGGUAGUGUUGGCUCUCACGGCGGUAAUAAGGGAUUGGCCGGCGGUCUUCUUGGCAAUCUCAACCUUCUCUCUGGCUCCAAGACAACCAACAGCGUUAGCCAAAAUGCUGUCAAUAACUAAAUUUCUUUUUGUUCGAAUAAAUCUAUGUAUUGUUUUAUUAACCUCCAA